GUCUUGCUCUUCUUUGUGUGAAUAUAAGGAUUGUAGUUAUAGGGUUUGGGUGGGCACGAAAGCUGAUGAAGGGAUUUCUUUGUUGUAGUGAAAUGAAAGGUGACAGUGGUUGGGCACGAAGAUCAAUUGGUUCAGUCGCAAAGCUGUGGAUCAUCUUCACGGUUACCAUCUAAAUUGUGUGGUUAUGGUGAAACAUUGUAGCUUUUGAAGGCAACUACUGUGAAGAACAAAGGAAGAUUGUUUUAUAGAUGUAGAAAUUGGGUAGUAAGUAAUUACAUGUUUUAGUUCAUGUGCUGAAUUUUGUAUUAAUGGUGUGUUGAUUGCAGAGUAAUUCAAGUUGUAAUUACUUUGAAUGACAUGAUGAAGGUGUUUCUGAAAUUGAAGGAAGCUUUGAAAGAAAAUGUGAAGAACUUGAGAUGUGUUUCGAAAAUGAAAAACAUGUACUGGAUCUAAGGAAGAAGAACGACAAGCUGAAAAGGAAAUUAGAACAAGAGAAGAAAGUUGGGAAAGUGAUGUUGUUGUUUGUUUUGUCAUGAGUGUUAAGCAUUUUCUUUUGUAUUAUGUUUUUGUUGAAGAUGAAUUGUAAUUAAGAAUUAUGGUUGAAUAAAAUGAGGUACUUGAGUUUGUCUCCAAAUUCUAGUUGAUUUUCAAGCAUCAUGUGACGUUAUGAACCCUUGCAAAAUGGAAGCAUAAUUUGCAUCUGCAAUCUGCAUUUGCAUUCUGGUUCUUGUUCUAUAAAAAUGUAUCUCUCAAAAAUGUAUCAUGACUACUUUAUUGGAAGCAUGACCAAUUUAUAUAAUAUAUAAAGGGUCAGUAAACCUAAACUGUAUGUCAACAACUAAAACCUAAAUCGAGUUCUACAUCUAAUAUAAAUAUAAAUUGCUUUGACACAUAGUUGACACUGAUAACAUAAUCAGUUCAAAAAAAAAUAUCAACUUACUUUAUGCAGAUCCCAAACCCCAUUAACACUGAUAACAUAAUCAAAAGUAACAUAUUUUCUUACAAAAGGAUUGGAUGAUAUAACUGAUAUUGCCAGAUAACAAAUUUGGAAUACAACAAGAAGCAGGAUACAAUAUGAAGUGGUCUCAUACUAUUAAAUAAGAUAAGUGGUCCCUUACCACUGACAACAAAAUUGUAAUAGUAGUACUAAAGUGGUCCCUUACAAUUAAAAGCAGUUACUGUUCCCACUACUAUUGUUCCCUAAGUGGGUGAUUAUGACUUACAAAAUACAUUUAAAUAAGAACAUGACUACAGUAAAUAUUCAACUGGUACUAGCUUGAGACCCUAGAUGUUGUGCACCCAGUAGUCUUGAGGAUUUUCUUCUUCCACCUUGGUAACUUGAUAUAGGUCUUGCUUCACUGCCACUUGCUCUAGGUUGUGAUGUUGUAUGAGGUGCUCAUACUUGAGAAGUCCCCCUUUUUGUUGUUCCUCCACCUUGUGACGUUGAUGGAGCUGGUUGUGCUUUAGAACCUCCUGCAGUGGAAGUUGUCCUUGUGCUGCUAAAUCCUUUUACACUUGAAGUGACUCUUGUGUUCUAUAAAUGGAAGUAAGCGACAUUGCAAUUAUCAUAGUGUUUUAUGAAUGUGCAAAUAAGUGAAGCUGUAAAAGAUUGAUUUUGUACCUUUUUCUUUCCCUUUUUACAUGUUUGUACAUUAUGACCAAAUUCAUUGCAGCUGCUACACUUCAUAAGAACAUUCUUCUUUGACAAUUUUGUAUGACUCACAUAUUCAUCAGACUCCCUUCUUAGUUUUUUAGGCCUCCCAGGGGGUGUUUUAUAAAUUGGAGGCAGUAGUGCACCAGAUUCAAAAGUAGACCACAAUUGUUUUCCAUUGAUUGGAACAAUUUCAGGGCCAUAACAAGUUUCAUAAGCCUCUCUCUUGUAAUAAGGAUGUACAUAGUCUUCAGGAUUUUCUAUUUUGUAAUUUAUGGCAGCCACGACAUGCCUGCAAGGUAUUCCUACCAAAUUCCAAAAGUAACAACUUCUUGAAUGGUUACUUAGGUCAACUACAAACUUGUUCAUUAUAAACUCGUGAGUGACUUCAAAUUUUGCAGUCCCUGCCUAAGUUGGAAUCCAAUUUCCACUCUUCUCCACUUCCCUAUCAAGUCUUUUUCGUGGUUUAGGCAUCACAACUCCUGUAUACGUCUUUGCUUUUUCUCUAAGUGUUGCAAACCUCCUCAUAAUGUAAGUUCUGAUCCAUUCCAUCAUAGUUAUGAUAGGUUUGUCUCUAGCUAUUAUAAGGAGAUUUGCAACACUUAGAGAAAAAGCAACGACAUAUACAGGAGUUGUGAUGCCUAAACCACGAAAAAGACUUGAUAGGGAAAUAGAGAAGAGUGGAAAUUGGAUUCCAACUUGGGUAGGGGUUGCAAAAUUUGAAGUCACUCACGGGUUUUCAAUGGACAAGUUUGUAGUUGACCUAAGUAACCAUUCAUGCAGUUGUUAUGUUUGGGAUUUGGUAAGAAUACCUUGCACGCAUGUUGUGGCUACCAUAAAUUACAAAGUAGAAAAUCUUGAAGACUAUGUGCAUCCUUAUUACAAAAGAGAGGCUUAUGGAACUUGUUAUGGCCUUGAAAUUGUUCCAAUCAAUGGACAACAACUAUGGUCUACUUCUGAAUCUGGUGCACUACUGCCUCUAAUUUAUAAAACAUCUCCUGGGAGGCCUAAAAAACUAAGAAGGGAGGCUGAUGAAUAUGUGAGUCAUACAAAAUUGUCAAAGAAGAAUGUUCUUAUAAAGUGUAGCAGCUGCAACGAAUUUGGUCAUAAUGUACAAACAUGUAAAAGGGGAAAGAAAAUGAACACAAGAGCCACUUCAAGUGUAGGAGGAUCUGGCAACACAAGGGCAACUUCCACUGCAGGAGGUUCUGAAGCACAACCAGCUCCAUUAACGUCAAAAGGUGGAGGAACAACAAGAAGGGGGACUUCUCAAGUACGAGCACCUCAUCCAACAUCACAACCUAAAGCAAGUGGUAGUCGAGAAGGACUUGCAUCAAGUCACCAAGGUGGAAGAAGAAAAUCCUCACGACUACUGGGUGCACAACAUCUAGGGUCUCAAGAUAGUACCAGUUGAAGAUUUACUGUAGCCAUGUUCUUAUUUUAAUGUAUUUUGUAAGUCACAGUCACCCACUUAGGGAACAAUAGUAGUGGGAACAAUGACUGCUUUUAAUUGUAAGAGACCACUUUAGUAUUGCUAUUACAAUAUUUUUUGUCAGUGGUAAGGGAACACUUAUCUUAUUUAAUAGUAUGGGACCAGUUCAUGUUGUAUCAUGCUUCUUGUUGUAUUCCAACUUUGUUAUCUGGCAAUAUCAGUUAUAUCAUCCAAUCCUUUGGUAAGAAAAUAUGUUACCUUUGAUUAUGUUAUCAGUGUUAUUAGUGUCAAUGGGGUCUGGGAUCUGCAUAAAGUGAGUUGAUAUUUUUUUGAAUUGAUUAUGUUAUCAGUGUCAACUAUGUGUCAAAGACAAUUUGUAUCUAUAUUAGAUGUAGAACUCAGUUUAGGUUUUAGUUGUUGAAAUUUAGUUUAGGUUUACUGACCCUUUAUAUAUGAUAUAAAUUGGUCAUGCUUUAAAUAAAGUAGUCAUGAUACAUUUUUUAGAACAAGGAUCAGAAUGCAGAUUGCAAAUGCAAAUUAUGCUUCCAUUUUGCAGGGGUUUAUUCGUUACAGGGUGCUUGAAAAUAAACCAGAAUUUAAAGACAAACUCAAGUACCUCAUUUUAUUCAUAAUUCUUAAUUACAAUUCAUCUUCAACAAAAAUAUAAUACAAAAGAAAAUGCUUAACGCCCAUGACAAAACAAAUAACAACAAUAUCAUUUUCCCAACUUUCUUCUUUUGUUCUAAUUUCCUUUUCAGCUUGUCGUUCUUCUUCCUUAGAUCCAAUAUAAGUUUUUCAUUUUCGAAACACAUUUCAAGUUCUUCACGUUUUCUUUCAAAGCUUCCUUCAAUUUCAGAAACAUCUUCAUCAUGUCAUUCAAAGUAAUUACAACUUGAAUUACUCUGCAAUCAAAAUAACACACCAUUAAUACAAAAUAAUUCAGCACAUGAACUGAAAUAUUUAAUCACUUACUACCCAAUUUUUAUAUCUAUAAAACAAUCUUCCUUUGUUCUUCACAGUAGUUGCCCUCAAAAGCAACAAUAUUUCACCAUAACCACAAAAUUUAGAUGGUAACCGUGAAGAUGAUCCACAACUUUGCGACUUUCCCGAACCAAUUGACCUUCGUGUCCAACCACUGUCACCUUUCAUUUCACUACUACAAAGAAAUCCCUUCAUCAGCUUUCGUGUUUAAUUUUUUAAUUGUUCUUUAUGUAAUAAUUUCAUUUUUGUCAAAAAU